AUGAUCAGCCAAGCUAUUACUAAAUAUCCGAGUGACACCUCGAAUAUAUCUGUCAUCCCCUUCCUCACAAAUCACCUUUGGGUCCGCGAUACAGGCCCUGUCUAUGUACGUGGAGUUGGCGAAUCCAUACACCAACGUUUUGCAAUCAAUUUCCGUUUCAGUGAAUGGGGAAGGAAGCAUGACCUUGGCGCCCACGACCGGGCUUCGGAUGGGCAUGAUUGGCCUGUGAUGACGCCUGAACAGAUCGAAGAAAACAGAAGUUUCGCCCGUAGAGUUAUCGAAUCUGAUAUUCUCCCGUCUCAGGUGACUCUAGUGGAAUCACAGAUUUGUCUGGAAGGUGGUGCACUAGUUGUGGAUGGCGAAGGCACACUUCUGGCCACUGAAAGCAGCAUCAUCAACGAAAAUCGCAACCCGGGUCUUUCGAAGACUGUGAUUGAGACAGAGCUCCGCCGUCUCCUAGGCGCCGAGAAAAUUAUCUGGUUUCCUGGGAGAAAGGGUCUGGAUGUUACUGAUGUGCAUGCUGAUGCUGAAGCCAACUUCGUCCGGCCUGGAGUUGUUGUCCUCUCCCGGCCCCAUUCUAGUGCGCCAAAGCCAUGGCUGGAGGUUUUCGAAGAGAUUAAGGAAAUUCUCGGGAAGUCAGUCGAUGCCAAGGGUCGCCCUUUCGAGGUACAUGUAGUAGACGAGCCGAACCCCAAGAUCUUCGGGGUCUUGUCCUACGAUGAACCAGCGACUAACUAUGUGAAUUUUUAUUUUGUCAAUGGCGGACUUAUUGUUCCGCAGUUCGGCGAUCGUCGGCGAGACCAAGAGGCCUUGGUACUGUUUCAAAAGCUGUGCCCUGACCGCGUGAUUCGGCCAGUGUUUGUGUCUGCGCUUCCAUUAGCCGGGGGUGUAAUUCACUGCGCAACCCAACCAGUACUUUCCGUGGAUGAAUAG